CACGGUUGAUGGUGGUUGGUGGUUAUUGGUUAUGUGUUUGUUGUCUUUGCUUAGGUCUCGCACGUUUAUUGAAUGUUUACGUAGUGUUUGUUAAAGGUUAUGUUAUUCUUAUAGCUGUGUUAAAGCUUUGUUUUUAGUGAUAUGUGUAUGAAAUAGCGAGUAUUUUUUCAGAUUAUACUUUAUUUAUUGUGAAAUUAAAAUGUUCCGUCGACAAGCACGUUUACGUCGAGAAUACUUAUACAGGAAAUCCAUUGAAGAUAGGCACAGAAAAAUUCAAGAAAAAAAGGAACGAAUAAAACGCAGCCUAGAGCAAGGAACGACUAUCGAAACAACGUUGAGGAAAGAAGCAGUCAAUAUUGUCCAUAAGUUAGAUUGGGAGGACAGUGGACCUAAAUUAGCUGUUGCACUUGGCUCUGAAGAAGGAGGUGGAGGUUCUCAAGAAGAUGAUGAAUAUAGAUGGGCUGGGGUUGAAGACCCAAAAAUCAUGAUUACAACUUCUCGUGACCCUUCUUCGAGAUUAAAAAUGUUUGUAAAGGAAUUGCGCCUAAUCUUUCCAAACUCACAGAGAAUGAAUAGGGGUAACUAUGAAAUGAAACAACUUAUAAAUGCGUGUCGGGCCAAUGAUGUGACUGACUUUAUUGUUGUUCAUGAACAUCGAGGUGUUCCAAACUCCUUAGUAGUUUGUCACCUACCUUAUGGCCCUACAGCUUACUUUACAAUGGCUGACGUUACCAUGCGACAUGAUAUACCAGAUAUAGGCACGAUGUCUGAACAAUAUCCUCACUUGAUUUUCCACAACUUUACAACCAAACUUGGUGUGAGAACAUCUAAUAUUUUAAAGUAUUUGUUUCCUGUUCCCAAAGAAGAAAGUAAAAGAGUGAUAACUUUUGCAAAUCAUGAUGACUACAUAUCCUUCAGACAUCAUACGUACAAAAAGGUGCAAGGCAAUAUUGAACUCAAUGAAGUCGGGCCAAGAUUUCAACUGAAGCUCUACGAUUUAAAGCUAGGGACAUUGGAUACUGCUGAUACAGCUGAAUCAGAAUGGUGUCUCAGGCCUUACAUGAACACAUCGUACAAACGCAGAUUUCUAUCCCCAGAUGAUGGUUGGAAUCAAGAUGACACGACUGUCUCAUCAUAGUUUGUAAUGUAAAAUAAACUCAUAAAAUGAAAA